UCCAUUGUGGUUUCAGAAUUUUCAAAACCGUUGGUAGCGGUUUGGUCACGGUUUGGCCCAAAAACUGGACCGUAAACACCCCGAGACUACUUACCUAUUAAAUUGGGGCGGAAAGUGUAUUCAUCAUUUUCAUAUACUCCAAUGGAGGAGGCAACCAUCAUAAUUCUCAUUGGAUAGGAGUAUAGGUCCAUCUUAAACCGGCACCAAACUUUCUUUCUUCUGGAGACGGGCCAUAAAAGCGAGAAAAUUCCAUAAUAUUUCUCCUUUGUUCCUCCUCUCUUUCAGUCAAUCACGAAAAUAAUUUUAACGAAUGACAUCAGACUACGGGAAUCUUGUAGCAGAGCUGGAAGCAGCUUCAAGAUUGAGGAGCGCUCACUUUUUGGUCACCCAAAGGCCAUGGCUUGAUCUUUAUGGGGUUCAUGUAAGGCCAGUGGCUCCUUUUGGUAGUGCAAGCAGUAAACCAGUUGUUGAUGGAGCUCUGAUCCACCGUUGCCUACCUGAUGAGCUUAUUUUUGAGGUAUUCAUCACUGCCUUAAUCUGCUUAGAGGUUUCAGAUUCCUUUACCAUGCUCAACCUUGUCAUUUGCCAGUUGUUCCUUUUUUUCUGUCUCUUUUGUUGUUUUAGGCAUCAUUUGAAAGUUGCUUAUUACAUUGUGUGUGCCAGUUGAGAUGCACUUCUGUUGUACUUCUUUGGUUCGUGGUGGGGAAAUGGUUUUAUGAAGCUAGCCUGUUGAACUGAUGUUGAAACUCAUCUGUUACCUUUUAAGCAUUAUGCGAUAAGUAUUUUGAACUGAUAGGUAACGAGAGAGAGAAAUUAUAAGCAGUUAUGGGCCACAUGGCAGAGAUUAUUUGGAAUCCAUUUCAGAAUCCUGUUACUUACAGAAUUUUCACUGGUGUGAGAAAAAUAGAAGUCUCUUCAACACUUACUGUUCUGCAACAAGAGUUAUAUACGCUUAAGGUCAGCAUUGGAUAAAGCCAUUGCCAAGGUGGAAAUUGCUUGUAUUUUGACAUAGAAAUUGGGUGGUGGCAGUGUAGUGAUUGGGUUCUGUAUGCUAGUAGAUGUGUGACUGGGUUUUAAUAUGGUAGUAGAUAUGUAACCAUAGAGUGGACAGUUUUAUAUUUAAAUCAAGGAGAAAUUAAAUCAUGUACUGGAAAUAAAUAAAUGAAAAGACAUUAUUUCGGCUAAUACCUAAAAACAGCUGUAUUGAUAUAAAGGAAGUAGUUUAGCAGACUGGGUCAAAGCCCCAGAGCAGAGCACUAUGGUAUUAGCAGCAGCAAAUCAAAUCCAGCUCCACAAUAAAACCAGGCAAGUAAUAGUGAAACACUACAGAACAGGUUAUCGGAAUGUAAUGGUAAAGUUACGAAGUACAUUCACCAUCACAGAAAUUUCUAGCCGAGCGUGCACAUGCAUAAAAGUCGAAUUUUCAGCAGACAUUAUGGCUGUCCACAGAGAGACUUGUCACUCUGCGUUAUUAUGAGCUUCUUAGUGUAGCUUCCAUUGGAGUUUAAACCAAAAAGGAGCAUGCUGUUUAAAUGAAGGUUUUUAGCUAUAUCCUACUAAGGCCUUGUUCUAGGAGCAGGGGAUGUACAAAUUUGAGGCCUUUGGGCCUCGAUUACUGAGAUAAAAUUAGUGCUAUCUUUUCUCUAAUUUAUAAAUGCUGCGGUAUACCAAAGCUGUAUACAUUAAGUGUGCUUACUAAUGCAGUUAUCCAAGAAGGUCAGCAAUAUGCUACAAUUAGCUAGUACAAUAAUGCAAUACUUAUAAAAUCAGCAAUGCCAUAGCUACUGACUAGGUACAAUUAUAAAAUGACACCGUAACAGAUUAAAUUUUGAAGCUUGGGUUGCAUCUGAUAUAAUUGUAUCCUGGCUUAUUUCUUGGCCAUUUGAGGACCAGAUUUCUUCUCCAGGUUUUGAUAACCGAAGAUCUAGAGUUAUAAAGUAUUUUGCUCUAGGAAAUGAUUGUCUCUCUUAAUUUGUCUGAAGGUUGAACAGAAUUGGUAAAUCGAUCCGCUCAAUGAAAAGGGAAAAAUUAAUCAUAGGAAGAGGUGAAUACUUUUUGCAUAACCACCAGAUAUCAUGCUAGAUGACACCCUUGUUCUUAUCCAUCAAAAUGAGUACCCAUGCUUUAAGUUUUGCUUGGUGAUCGGUUCACUCAUUUUGUGGACAAAUUUCUGUCAUUUGUUACUAAGGUGGCGCUUUGGUUAUGGUAGACAUGUUUGUCUGAAAAAGACUAUUCUUUUUUCAAUCAAGUUCAGUCUGCCUUCUAAUGGUAGACCUGAUGCAUUCUUCAGUGCUUUCAAACUAGAUUUCCAGUUUCUGUUAUUAUUCUUUAGUCAGUUGCCCUUGAUAUGGUGCUGAAUAUUGUAUACCUUUGAAGUUGGAGCAAUCAUACACAAGGGAAAGCUCAGAAUAUAUGGAAAAAAUACCAAACUUUUAAGAAAAAGGGAAAACAAUCUGAAGUUGCAGGAUAACAAGAAUGAAGAGUGGUUGGGCCUGUUUGGCCAGAAACUUGAUCAAUUCCAUUCCUUUUCUAUCUGGUUUUAUGCUGCAGAUUUUUUCCAAAAUGACUCCAUACACCUUGGGGAGAGCAGCAUGUGUUUGUCGGAAGUGGAGAUAUACCAUUCGUAACCCUGCGUUUUGGCGCAAUGCAUGCCUUAAGGCUUGGCAGAUUGCUGGAGUGGCUGAAAAUUACAAGACUCUUCAGUCAAAAUAUGAUGGAUCAUGGAGACGAAUGUGGCUUUGCAGACCAAGGGUUCGAACAGAUGGUCUAUAUGUCAGUAGGAACACCUACAUCCGUGCUGGGGUCGCUGAGUGGAAGAUGACCAAGCCAGUUCACAUUGUGUGCUAUUACCGUUACUUGAGAUUUUAUCCUUCUGGCAGAUUUCUGUAUAAGAAUUCGUCUCAAAAAGUUAAAGAUGUGGCAAAAGGCAUGAACUUCCGAGCCCCAAGGCAUGACCUUUAUGCUGGUAGUUAUACAUUGUCAGAGGACAAGGUGGAAGCUGCUUUUCUGUAUCCUGGUUUGCGGCCUACUGUCUGGAGAAUUCGUUUAAGGUUAAGGGGCACUGUAGCUGGUGCUAAUAAUCGGAUGGACUUGCUUGCACUUGUUACCAGUGGUCUUAAUGGUAGCGAGGUUACUGACUCUGAUGAAGAUAUUCUCAACAUUGUUGAAGGCUGGGCAGAAGAUGAGACACACAACCCAGAUGUUCCGGCGAUUACUCACAAGAGGGGUUUGACACCUUUUGUCUUUGUUCCAUUUGAGGAGGUGGAAUCAUCAGUUUUGAACCUGCCUGUGGAAAGAAUGGAUUAUUAUGUGCCUGGGUGAUCCCCAAAAAUAUGCUGAACUGAACGUGUAUAUAUUUUUUCUUUCCUCUGUAUCUUUGUAUGAUAUGAAGGUAGACUACAGAUGAUUGAUACAGCCAAUGUAAAAUAGUGAAAUAAGGCUUUGUUGUUGUUGUUCUCUGUACUCCUUGCAACAAAGUGUUUAUAUUUGUACUCGAAAGAAAAUAGACAGAGAAAACAUAAUUCCAUAUUUUUUCAUUAUAUUUAUGGAUUGGUCGUGGUUGUGUGUUACAUUCAGAAUGCUGAUUCCAAAUUGUAAUUGAUGUUUCAAUCAAACUGCUUUUUAAGUUUUAUGUUGCAAAGAAUUUGUUUGGAAUCUAGAUUGGGUGGUCCGAAUCCCUCACUUUUAAGGAUUUACUAAAAUAUAAGUUCGUGUAAAAAUUUGAAACAUGCUUAU